UAAGCAAACCAAUAGCAUAUGCAGUUUCACAUGAAACGGACUAUGCUAUUGGUUCGCUCACUUAGCUGCUUAUCACUUAGAAGCACUAAGUAAGACGAUAGGUUGAUAAUUUUAAAAUAAACACCGUAAUUAGCUGCGUAAUUUUAAGAUUAGAGUUGGCAACUUUAUCGUCAAUUUCUAAGAUGGCGGCUACCGGUGGUGUAGUGUGUAAAGUUGGUCCUUCGAUUCUGAAUGCGGAUUUAUCGGAGAUUUACGCCGAAUCUCAACGUAUGUUAGAAAGUGGAGCAGAUUAUCUACAUUUAGAUGUUAUGGAUGGACAUUUUGUACCUAAUAUUACCUUUGGGCAUCCUGUUGUUAAAUGUUUACGUAGAAAAAUUCCAAACGCGUUUUUCGACUUGCAUAUGAUGGUAGCCAAUCCUCAGCAAUGGAUAGAACCCAUGGCAGAUGCUGGUGCUAGCCAAUAUACUUUUCAUUUAGAAGCCACAGAAGAACCAUUAGAAUUAAUUAGAAAAAUUAAAGAAGCUGGUAUGAAGGUUGGUGUUGGUUUAAAACCAGCAACAUCUGUUGAGGAAUUAUUACCUUUGGUGGAACAUGUAGACAUGAUUCUUAUUAUGACAGUGGAACCAGGUUUUGGAGGUCAAUCAUUUUUGUCUGAAAUGAUGUCAAAAGUACAGUUUUUGAGAGCACGUUUUAGAGAUUUGGAUAUAGAAGUUGAUGGAGGAGUUGGUCCUCAAACUAUUGAUAUGUGUGCAGAGGCUGGAGCCAACAUGAUUGUUUCUGGAACUGCUAUAACAAACAGCAACAACCCUCGGCAGGUCAUUUCAGUUCUUAGACAAUCGGUGGAGGAAGCCAUACAGAAGACUCAACUGGAACGAUGACAUUAUUCAUUACAUUCCUGAAAGUUAUCCAAAUCAUAUAGAUGUAAAUUUAAGCUAAUUUUUUAAAUGCAUUUUGUAUUGUUUAAAAAUAAGUUUGAAUAAGUAUCUAUUACUUUAUGUACAUUUUAAAACUUAUUCUAUUAUUUUCUCUAAAUACCUUUCAAUUCCAAUGUGUAUGUUAAUUAUUGUAUAAAAAAUAAAAAUUGUAUUCUUGGAAAUUGCUGCUAUUUAUAUUUUUAUAGUUCUUUGACAUUUGUUAAAAGUAGGGAGAUAACAAUGAAUAAUCAAGGCUAAUUUUAUUCAUUGUCAAUUAAAACAGUUGAACAGUACAAGGAUGCCAUUGGUUACUUAUGAAAUUAUGUUUAUGUCAUGUCCAGAAUUUCAGUAAUUAACACACAAUUCCAUUGUCAUUACUGAAACUGCCCUUGUAAACAGAACUAAACAUCUCAACAUUGAAAAAUUAUAUUCUGAAUGUUUUUACUUAUUUGAUAUGCUACCUGGAGAUGAUGUGUUAGAUUCAAAAUAGAAUUAUUGCUGCUCUAACUAUUCAAUGGUAUUAAUACAACAAAACUUCCAUUCACUAAGAAAAUUAAGCAUUUGUAUUGGAUAGAAAAUUUUUUUUUUCUUUUUGAUUAUGUUUGUAUUUUGGCUGUUAAAUAAAUAAUAUUU